AUGGCUCUGAAGAAGUCCCUCAUCUUGUUUCUCAUGCUGGCCCUGAUGCUAUUGGUGUUGGGGUGUUUUGAGGCUUCCCUGGGCCAGGAAACAAAGGCCAUGAGAUUCCAGAGGCAGCAUAUAGACUCAAACAAUUUCCCCAAUGGAAAUGCCACUUACUGCAAUGUGAUGAUGGUGUGCAGAAACAUGACCUGGGGACGCUGCAAGGAAAUAAACACCUUUGUGCACGAGCCCCUGUCUGCAGUAGAAGCUAUCUGCAGUGAGAAAAAUAGAACCUGUAUUAAGGGGAUGAAAAAUUGCUAUCAGAGCAGGUACCCCAUGUCCAUCACUGUCUGUCGACUGAGGCGAGGCUCUAGACACCCCAACUGUACCUACACCACCAGCCCAAUUAUACAACAACACAUCACUGUGGCCUGUGCAGGAGUUCCGUACGUUCCUGUCCACUUUGAAUCUUAG